GCUCAUUUUUCAAGCAUGGUACCUAUUGGACUGUCCCCAGUAUCAUUGGCAGCCUCGACCUCGGCCUCGACGCUAUGGGCAACAGGUAAGCUUGAUCUGCAAUCAUGAGCUACUUAGUUCCAACACAACCGUCUGCAGCCUCAAAGGAGUGGGUGAUCCCAGCUAAACCCAAACCUGGGCGAAAGCCCAAAAAGGAGAGCUCUGUAGGCCCUCCAGCCCCAAAGGAUGAUGAGGACUCGGAGUCUGCAGAUAGGCGUGUUCAAAACAGAGCCGCCCAACGCGCAUUUCGCGAGCGCAAGCAGUCUCAGCUUGCUGAGCUACAAGCUCGCCUUCAUUCUUACGAACAGGGAGAAAUCGAGCGUAAUGUCGCACUCCAGAACGUUGCGAAGAAAAUGAAGGAUGAGAACGAUGAGCUCAGAAAGGAGAAUCAGAUGCUGAAAGAAAAAAUCGCUCGUCUCGAGUGGGAGGCAGAUUCGAAUGAUGGAGACAGAAAGAGGAACAGGGAGAAUGUUGUGGUCGUGUCAUCCAGCAUGUCCCCCGAACAAUCUAUUCGCAACAGCAACAAGCGAGCGAAGAUGGAAGCCGAGACGACGGACUCGCCGCAGGGCCACUUCACCUCCUAUAGCCCUCUAUCCACUUCAAUGGCUUCCUCUCCUGAUGAUAGAACCACCCCCAGCUUCUCCUCAGGCCACGAAAGUUGUUCAGGACUUUUUCCCACGCCCCCACCUUCCCUCACACACAUGCUCAACUAUCCUUCGUCGGAGCCUGUCCCAGCAUUAGAUGCACAAGAUUCGGCGGAUUCUUUCCAAUGUGUAUUGUGUAGUCCAGAGGUUCCUUGUGUUUGCAGGGAGAUGGACAUGGAGCAAGCCGUCGCUGACACUAAUUUAAGCCACAUAUCACUCAAACCGGAACAUAAUCAUUCUGCCAUUAUGUCACCUAUGGACCAACCCACGCAACUAGCGGCAUCUACAUCUUCGCAGAUGAACAUUCUCGAGAACCUCCCGGCAUACCAAGCGCCUGUCCCGAUACGUCGACGAAUGCCGGGUCAGAGCAUAAACCCGGUCUUCUCUGUGACUCCGAUUUCGGUCCCAUCGUCAUCCGCUAAAUGUUCAGGUGACCCUGCUAAUUGCAUGGCAUGUUCAGACGACGCUUUCGGAAAGGCGUUUUGCCAGGCAAUUGGGCACUCUGUCAAUUCGACGUCACCGUGCAUCGACUGCCCUGUACGAACUAACCAAUCCGACAAUAUUGUUGUCGGUGGUUGCUGUGGUGACAUUACGAAGUGUGGGUCUUGUGGCAUAGCGCCCAUGAUUUCGUCCCCGAAUCCUCACGCUGAGACGUCGAUACCGACCGACGAUGCUUGGCGUCAGCUCAAGUCGCACCCAAAUGUCGCAUUCGCAGAUCUGACACUAUUAGCCGACGUGGUUGCUCGUAGAUCCAAGUGCACUGGCUCACGGGUGGUAAUAUCACCAGCGCCAGGAUCCAUUACGCCUGAACGUAGCACACUUAUGGCAGGACAUUCUCGUCAGGGUGGAUCCACGGCACCAGAUCAUCGUUCGGUGCUGCUGACGAAUCCACAUGAGCGGUACCAUCAACAGCAAAGAGAGCGGUCCCCGCCACCAAGGCUUGUUCCGCAAGAGGUGUUGAUCGAGUGUGGACGUCGGAGAAUGCGGGAGGUGAAUGCAGAUGGUGUCAGAGAAGCGCUCCGACUGCUGGAUUCUAAGUUUGCACAUGCUCGAUAAGUGCAUAUGGAUAUUCUGUAUGUAGUAUGUAUUAAACGCGUC